AUGAGCGAUAAGAAAGACAUCCAUGAUGUGGUCAUUGUCGGAGGCUCUCUAGCCGGCCUGCUAAGCGGUGUCCUUUUCAAACGACGCGGCUACAACGUUACGAUCCUCGAACAGUUUCACUCUGAUAUCCGAAAAUCACAAGCUGCCGGCAUCGGUCUGACCGACCAAGUUCGUAAGCUGUUUAACAGUGCUGGAGUCUCUCUCGACGAUGUUGGGCCUCCGAUGAACCAAGUCCACUUUUACGACUCCGUCAAUGGCAAGCUCGAGAUCAAACGAGUUGAGCCAUACCCGGGCGUUAUGACAGGUUGGACUAUCUUGUUCUACAGACUGCGAGCGCAUUUCGACCGCUUCGUCACGCCGGUGUGCCCGCAACAAACCCCGAAUGCGUCAGAUUACCCUGACGAAGGCAAGGGGGUAUACAAAACACAAGCCAAGGUCACAUCAAUCGAGUAUCUGAAAUCCGAGAAAGUAGUUCUCGUGCACUACGACGACCUCUCUACAAACACUUCGCACACUCUGAAAACACGCCUCCUCAUCGGCGCUGACGGAGGUAAUUCGACAAUCCGCAAACUCCUCCUUCCCUCCCGUCCCGUCUUACGCAAGUACGCCGGUUAUAUGGCAUGGCGCGGCAUAAUACCCCUUAAUCAACUUUCUGCCCUAGCCAAAGACAUCUACCAGCCCGGUAUCGCGCCUGUGAUCGCCAACCCUGCUGUGAAGGCGUAUACCAUGACCUACCCGAUCCCCGCCGACGACGGGCGCUUCGGCGGGGACGAAACACUUGUCAAUUUCGUCUGGUACGACUACUGCUCCGCAAACAGCCCGGUGUAUGUCAAAUCUAUGACGGACGUUGACGGCAAAGUACACCGCUGGACGCUGCCGCCCGGGAAAAUGGAUCCGGAUGCUUGGGAAGCUCAACUCGAUGUCGCGCGUAAGACACUCCCGCCGCCGCUCGAUGAGAUAGUGGAGAAGAUCUCAGAUCGCCCGUUCAUCACAGCCGUCAGUGACUUCAUCGCGCCCGAGUGCGUGUUUCAUGACGGGCAUGUCGUACUGGUGGGCGAGGCGUUUUGCAUGGCCAGGCCGCAUUCCGGUAGAGCGACGAAUGAGGCCGCCCGCCAGGCGUUACAUCUUGUGGAUGCGGUGGAGGGGAAAAUUACCUGGAGGCAGUAUCGUACGGAGGUCAUGAACUGUGUGACAUUGAAUUUUUAUUAUUCGCGAAUGUUUGGACUGUGGACUUUGGGAGGUAGGUUUGCCCAGUUAUGGGCGGGUUUACAGUAUUGGUGGGUUGGCUUUCAGAUCAGAUUGUUGGAGAGAUUGUUUGGGAAGGUCAUUCCAUAG